GUUGAGUCCUGCCCUGCUCAUUUCCCACAUCACACUCGCAUGUCGCUGACUGAGCCCGUGUCCUGCCUCCUCUCUCCGGCCGUGCGAUCACUUCUGCUGCAACUACUGGAUAUGUAUUCACGUUUUUACAGACUGGCUCUCUUUGCCUCCUAGUGGCAGACCGGGAAUUGAAAAAAACAGAAUCUUUUGAGGAAAAUUCUCAAACCACAGGAAAUCCUAUGUGAUAACAUCAAAAGGAACAUUUUUACCUCAAGGUACAAAAGCUGCCUGCUUCUCUCUGUUCAAGCUUCCAAUACCAACAAAAGAAUGCACAACCAGAGGACUAUAUGACACGUUUUCUGUGGAUCUAAUCAGAAAAUCAGAAAAGGGUGAAGAAAAGAAAACUUUGUGGAAUCACCAAAAAAUGGCCACAGAGUCUUUCCAUGCUGCCUACGCUGCUGUAGCCCCGACAGCCUCCUCCAUGUCCCCCUCCACAGGUAACCUGCUUCGGAUGUUUCGUGCCUACCAGAGCAAUGCGGUCAUCUUAGAGCACUACAACUACACGGGCAAACUGAAGGAGAACAAGUACAAGGAAGGACUCAAACCAGAGGCCAUCGCCUUUCUGCUCGUCUGCGUGCUUAUAGUCGUAGAAAACGCUGUGGUGCUUCUGGCCAUCUGGAAGAACAAGAAAUUCCAUCUGCCCAUGUACUACUUACUGGGCAACUUGACCCUCUCUGACCUGCUCGCAGGUUUCACCUACAUGGUGAACAUCAUAAUGUCCGGCGCCAACACCUUAAACAUGACCCCGGUGAUGUGGUUCCUGAGGGAGGGGGGUGUGUUCAUCAUGCUGGCCGCGUCAGUCAUCAGUCUGCUGGCCAUCGCCAUAGAGCGGCACGUUACUAUGGUGAGGAUGAAGCCGUACCAAGGGGACAAACAGGGGCGGAUGUUUGCUCUGAUCGGAGCGAGCUGGGUGUUGUCCGUGUUCCUGGGCGUGCUGCCUGUCCUGGGGUGGAACUGUAUGGGACGGUUGGAACAAUGCUCCACGGUCCUCCCGCUCUACGCCAAGAGUUACAUCCUCUUCUGCAUCACCAUCUUCAGCGCCAUCCUCAUGUCCAUCGUGGUGCUGUACGUCCGCAUCUUCCGCAUCGUCAAGUCCAACACCCAGCGCCUUGCUUCGGUCCCGCAGCGCAAAGGCCUCUACCGCAAGUCCCAGAAGUACAUGGCCCUGCUGAAGACGGUCACCAUAGUUCUGGGAGUCUUCAUCAUGUGUUGGUUGCCCCUCUUCAUCCUCCUCCUGCUGGACUUCUGCUGCCCGGCCAACAGCUGCGGGGUGCUCUUGAAGGCGGACUAUUUCCUGGGCAUCGCUAUGUUCAACUCCCUCCUCAACCCCAUCAUCUACACACUGACCAGCAAGGACAUGAGGAGGGCCAUCCUCCGGCUGCUCUGCCAGCACUGCCUAAUGACGAAAGACGGGCAAGUGAAGAAGAUCGGGAUGCCCUUCCUGGAGUGCAGCACCAGUAAGACCGAUGCAGCCUCCCACAGGCUGGAGGGACUGGAGACGACAGUGUCCUCCGGUAACUUCACACCUUCGACUAUCAAAGCCAUUUACCCCAGGAUGUCGAAAACAUGACACAGUGGCUCACUUGAGAGCAAGCAUCCGGACUAAGACUUGGCUGUUUGUCUCCAUCUGAGCUGCAUCAUGUGCUCAGGUCUGAGCUGAAGUUUCCUGUUGCACUCUGUCAGAGCUUUGGUAUCAAUACUCAUGAACAGAAUAAACUGGAUGUAUGUGAUAGAAGUCCAAAUUGGGAGAAAGUUUAUUCAUAAAACAAAACCUGUUACCAGUUUCUUGUGACAAACUAGCAUUACAUUUAUCUUUAAGAAACUAAAAACAAGGCCAGUGUUUGUCAGAGGAUUUUCCUUCCGGUAAACGUGUCAUUUAACUUUAUCGGUGUUUGGUUUCCACAUGAAAUGAAAUCAAAGACUGUCUGCAGACGUUUCACAUAAAUACAGCCAAUUAUGCUGAUAGACUGGGGCUGAAGCCCAAAGCAUGAGGUUUAUCCUUAUCUCCUCUCCCUGUGUAGCAUAUAAUGAUAUGUUGUUACAAACACAGCAUCCACACCCAAAACCUGCAGCCAAACCCAUGUAAUUUCUGCCAUGUGAGUUUUGGUCAGCAGCAAUGCUGGGGAGAAGUCCCCUCGGCCGAGAUCAGAGGCUCGGCAGCCUGGAGACGCACUGAACACGUCAUAUGGAGGGUUGUGCCGAGCGGUUUGCAGCUUCGGAGGUCCCCUCAACACAUGUAGUGACACAUGAUGAAUGACUAAAAGCAAUAAAACCAACAGGGAAGGUUUGUCGACGCCUUCUUGGGCUAGGAUAUCGCAGUAAUAUGAUAUAGCUUGUUGGCAAAAACUUGCUUUUCUUGUUGGAGAAAGUUCAACAUGAAAUGAUACGAUUUGUUUUUCUCAUGAAAGAGCGCAGAUGUUAUCUUGUUCCACGCGAUCUGUUAAAGCCCAGACAACAGCUUGUGGGCUUCAAAGUACCAGGAAAUUUCAAUGUGGUCAUUGUGACAUACAAAUGUUAUACUUUGCCAACUGUAAUAUUGUACAUGAAUGUAAAGAGAGAUUUUUUUUGUAUACUUUGUAAAUAUAUAUAUCCUUCUCUGAGCUGCAUUUUGUAUUGUAAAAACCUCACUUUUUAUAUGUGCACUGAAUAAAACAUAUGUGAAUGAAGCUCA